ACCGGCAGCGUGGUCUUCCUCAUUUUGCACCGCGGGUCUAUAAGAGCGAGGUUUGCGCUCCAGCGAUCAAUCGAUCAGUCGGUCAUUUUUUCGUGUGUCAGCGCUGUCGCUUCUGCAUUGUCACUCGGGGCGUGACUUCGCUUUGGCUGUCAGUUGAUGAAAGUGGCGAGUGUGAGCGUAACGAAGCCACGGGCGGUGACAUUGGUCGUGCGGGCAUUGCAAAUGAGUAGAUCACGAGGGGAGUGUUGUUGUGCGCGGUGGUGCCCCAGUUGUUUUGUGCUGUCUUUCUGCACUCCGUUUGGUUGUCGGAGCAUUGGUUGAGGGAUAGAAAACGGAGAGAGAGAGAGAGAGAGAGAGAGAGAGUGAGUGACGGUCGGGCGGUCCUGGACGCUGGUCGAAUUAUUAACCAUUUUUGCGGUUGUGUCCGACACCGAGGAAGUGGAGCGAGUAUAUACAUGUACACAGUGGCGUGGUUUGUAGAGGCCGGGAGUGUGAAAAGUAUUUGGAAGAUUUUUGAUUGACUCGGGGGGCUGGAUUGUGAGCAUUUAAGUGGGAGCAGGAGCGAAUCUGAGCAGGAUCCAAACGUAGUGCACGAGCGGCGAGUUAGUUGCGUUUCCAAGGGUUGUAAAAUCCUCUGCCUUCGAUUUGUAAAGCCGCAGUAUCAUAUAUUUUAGCGUUCGAUUUGUUCGGAGUCAGAUGGCAGGGGGUGGUAAUAGUCCUGUGGUAGCCGUUAAGUUAUCGGGAUCCACGCAAGCAGAGUCGUGGUCGGAGGGCAAGCUCUUGGGAGGAGACGUUGUGCUUCAGGUCAGCAGCGAGAGUGGAGUUAUGCUUGUAGCUCCAUUUUCCGGCGGAAAGUCAGGCCUUUUACGUGAACUGAAGAAACUAUAUAAUGCAUCAGGGGGAGUUAGGGUCAAGGUCAAGAGAGGUCCAUCAAUAAUUGAGGUUCGAGCCAAGGUCGCAGUGGAUGAGAGUUCUCUGCUGAAGAAGACUUAUGUAUUAGCCUGCUCAACUGAUACCGGUUACGUAGCAACAUUGGUGGAUGCUAUGGAACAAGACUGCUUGGUUCUGCAAGAUAAAAGUCGAAAGAUUAUGGAAGCAUCCAGGAUGCUCAAGGACUUUUCCAAGAAAGAUGAGCUUCUGUUGAAACUGAGUAGUAUGAAGUUGAAAGACAGCUAUGUUUCUUAUCCUUGGGAGCAGAAGAUGUUGACUUUCCUACCUGUUUCUGGCUCUGCAAUGGUGUUUUCCCUACUCCUCAUGCCACCCACUCUGUCACCAAAGGCUCGCGAUGUCGCUGGUGUUGAGCAAACAUCAGCCCGAGCGGUUGCAUGGUUGUCUGCUGCUCAGGCUUCUGGGGUGCCAAUUACCUUCGUCAAUAUUCAGACAGAACCUAUUUUCAUGCAAUUUGCAGAUUAUCAAGUGCCUGGCUACAGGCAGGAUCCGGCGGUUAUUGGCAACACUGGAUGUUACAGAAUUCAGGAUAGAGAAGCCAUGGAUGUGGACGUUGUGAGGGCAGUGCGAUUAUGGUAUUCGCCUGCGGCUGCUGAGCUUGCGAUCGACCUGAAACCUGAAGAGAAUGAAUCUCGCUUGGGUGUUGGCAUCAGCUGCACAGAGGAGGGAUUUUGCCAUGUCUCUUCCGUAGAUCCAGGCACGGUGGCUGAUAGGGCAGGGCUGCAGACCGUGUACCAAGCCGCUUGUGCAGCAGGAAAGCUGCUUGUUAUCUCCCGGCUGGGAGGAGAUAAGAUUACGCCCUGGCUAGUCGCAUCUUCUGGUUCUAUACGUUGUUAUGACACCAUCUCAUUGUCAAACAAACUCUCGCUGCACCGGCAGACAGGUCAGUCCAUUCGUCUACAUGUUAUGGUGUGGGAGGGUGCUCUCACAGCCAACCUGUACAAUUCUAUAGAGGAUACUCCAAGCCGGGAGAAGGGAGUUCCCUCUGGUGGAUAUACCAAUCGAAGUGCCUACAGAAAUUCCGGGGAUCACCCAAAGUAUUACUCCAACCCAAAAGAGAAGCAUUACAUGUCGAAGGAUUCACAAGAUUCACAAGAUUUUGAUAGUAAUGCAGAACCAUCACUAGGCAUGAGCGAUUCGUAUUUGCCGUAUAAAUACAUCAACUGAUUUCUCUGUAGGAUGCCAUUGUUCCAGAAGAACCUCAGGUUUUGAUCCACGAGGAGAAAUCCCUCGAAUGGUCUACUGUACAUACUGAACUUCCCAGUGAUUGGGCGGUUUCGAGAAGCGUUGGCAAGAGAGAGAAAGGCGGUUUGGCGCUACGAGGUUCCGAAUGUUGAAUGAACGUUCGAAGUGCACCAUACGGCGGCAUUUCUCACAGAAUGUAUAUAAGUAGGUGUAAAUAAUUUCUCUUUUUGGUAUCCACUGUUUGUCACACAUUCGUACGCGUUUCAGCAUAGUCGUUUCUGUUCUCAUGUAUGACAUAGUUUACGGCCCAUUGCUGUUGCGUAGUAUCAGCAUUGCUAGUAUGCAGUGGCCGAAAUCGGGGUCCAGAUGUAGACAUUACUGUGGUUUGGCGAGCGAGGGUUGUGCACAACGCCUACGCAUGUACAUGCUGCAACAGUUGAUUAUAAUUAGUACUUACCAUCAGGCUCCUUUAUCAA